UACGCAAUUACUAAAUGAAUUCAGUCCUGCAUAUAUAAAGAGAGGCGCAUCAGCCUACCAGUAGGCACAGAUAUUUGCAAAACUCUCUCACUGCUCUGUUUGAGAACAGCAUUUUGUCUUUGACUCUGAAUCAGUGAAAGGAUGAAGUGUAUCGUGGUGUUUCUUGUGUUGUCCAUGGUUGUUCUCAUGGCUGAACCUGGAGAGGGCUUUUUUGGAGCACUAAUCCAUGGAGCCAUUCAUGGGAUCCAUAGUCUUAUCAAAGGAAAACAGAAUGUGGCAGAGCAGCAAGAGCAGCAAGAGCAGCUGGACAAACGUUCAGUCGAUUACAACCCAGGACAGCCUAGCUUUGCCUAGACUGAAGGGGCCACUCUCAAGCUAUGUUUUGGAUGAAAAUAAAUGCUUCUUACUUUUCAUCAUAAGAGAGAACAGUAUCUAACAGCUGGGGCAACCAUUUCCUGAAAAUGUAUUUGCAUUGACUUAACUGAUUGGAAUUUUGAAUAAAUUAUGAAUAAAGAA